AUGACUGAGAAGGGAGCUGGCCAACUUGGCGUUUCGCCAAGUGAUCGAUGCGCCAUUGGUAUAUCCUUUGGCAAUUCGUACAGCUCUAUUGCUUCCACAACUGAUGACAGUCCUAUUGUUAUUGCGAACGAAGAUGGAGACCGACAGAUUCCCACCAUCCUAUCAUAUGUCGAUGGAGAAGAGUACACUGGAAAUCAGGCUAAGGCCCUGUUAAUCCGGAACCCCCAGAACACAGUUAUAUCAUUCAAGGAUUUCCUUGGUCAAGAAUUCAAGUCCAUUGACCCUACUCACUGUCACGCCGCAUCUCACCCCAAGGAAGCGAACGGAACAGUUUCUUUUACCAUUCAAGACAAGGUCGAGGGAGAAUCGCCUUCUACCAUUUCCGUGAAGGAAGCCUCUACCCGAUACCUGCGUCGUCUUCUACAAUCUGCUUCGGACUACUUAGGAAGGAAGGUUACUUCUGCCGUAAUAUCGGUACCUACAAACUUCACAGAGCCCCAGAGAGAAGCCCUAAUUCAGGCCGCAAACGAUGCUGAGCUUGAGGUUCUCCAAUUAAUUAACGAGCCUAUCGCUUCAGCUCUUGCCUAUGACGCAAGGCCGGAGGCUAAGUUGGAAGAUAAAAUAAUCGUGGUGGUCGAUCUUGGUGGUACACGCUCAGAUGUUGCUGUGGUAGCUUCGAGAGGUGGACUGUAUACAAUCCUCGCAACGGCUCACGACUAUGAGUUUGCUGGGGUUCAUCUAGACAAUGUUCUUAUGGAACACUUUGCCAAAGAGUUCAUGAAGAAAAACCCCAAUGUCGACCCUCGAGGAAACGCUAGAAGCUUAGCGAAGCUUAAGGCCGAAUCCGAAGCUACCAAGAAGGCUCUUAGCAUUGGUACCAACGCCAGUUUCAGUGUCGAAAGCUUGGCGGACGGUAUUGACUUCCAGACUACUAUUAACAGACUGAGAUAUGAGACAAUUGCUCGUAAAGUUUUCGAAGGCUUCAACCGCCUUGUUGACGGCGUUAUAAAGAAGGCUGGAUUGGACGUCCUCGAUAUUGACGAGGUUAUUCUCUCUGGUGGCACAUCCCACACUCCCAGAAUCGCAAACAACUUCCGCGCGAUAUUCCCAGAGACCACUACUAUCCAGGCCCCCGCAACGAGCGCAACCGCCAUUAACCCCUCGGAGCUCCAAGCUCGUGGUGCUGCUCUCCAGGCCUCUUUGAUCCAAGAAUAUGAGGCGGAGGACAUUGAGCAGUCAACGCACCCUGCUGUUACAACUGUCAAGCAUAUUACCAAUGCGAUUGGUGUUAUCUCAUUAUCCGACGAUGGCGAGGAGAUUUUCACACCAAUCAUCGCACCCGAGACUGCUGCACCGGCUCGCCGAACAAUCCACGUCGCAGCCCCCGCAAAUGGAGGUGACGUGCUGGUGAAGGUGGCUGAAGGCGGCACUCACAUCAAGGUGACGAAGCCGGAGCCGAAGCCAAAGGAGAACGGCAGCAAGGAAGAUGACGAGGAUGAAGACGACAGUGACUUCGACUCCGACGAAGAGGAAGAGGAGCACAGGGAGAAGAUAUGGAAGAUCGGCACUACCCUCGCCGAGGCCGCCAUUCGGGAUGUCAAGAAGGGAGGCAAGGUCGAGGUCACGAUCAACGUCGCGCCCGACCUCGCAGUCACCAUCACGACGAGAGCUGUCGGCGGAAAGGGUGGCGUCAGGGGAACUCUUGCAGCCCCGUAA